CAGUCGAUUGGCGCGGCGGCGGUUCAGUUUGUGUCGGUCGCUCGCACGGUCGCAUAGGGGGGAUUGUGCUGUCGCGAACUGUGUGCCGUACAACGCCGGUUUCUCAACGUUUCAAUUUCACGUGAUUUCGAUUCGACACACGACGGGUGUAGUCGUUGCAUUGACGUUUCCCUGUGGUAUGUGAAGAUACCGCGUCGGAGUCUGCGCGCGGGCAGCGCGGACGAAUCGCGUCGCGGGCAUGCCAGCCCGCUGAAUAGCCAGCUCACGUGUUUAUUUGAAUUUUUGAAAAUUCAAGCCGAGUGGUGUCGAUUGGUGUAGGAGUGUGUAUGGUUUGCUCUCGGUGCAGAAGCUGCUGGUCAGACCCGACACGGUGCAUGCUUGUCUUCGAAAACGUUGGCAGAGCCAGCGGAAUGUGGCACGAGGAGGAGCAUCUCGGAAGCCAUGUCGGCUGACGAGUUCGCUGGAGAUCGGCACAGAAGCAAACCAAUGCUGCAACCACCUUAACGAACCGCUAUUCUCGCUGGCAAGGUCAUUGGGCGGACCGGAUCUAAUCAUGCUCACGCCGACCACGCUUCCUGCGCUCUUAUUCCUCUUUCGUAAUUACGCCAACCAGACGAUCGGACGCUAAAGAAUUCGAAGUCGAGUCGAGUAAGAAAAGAAUCGCAAGAAUACGUUAAAGGCAAACAAACAAUUAGAGCAGCCAUUCGUUUUUAGACAGAGAAAAAUUAAAUAAAACAUGGGAUAGCUGUAGAUUUAGCUGGAUUUAAUUGCUUCCCGAUGGUACUUCCUUGGAUAUUUUUGCACUCGGAAAACGCGAACGAACUCUCUGGAAAGUGGAAACUAGUUUCUAAAUCGGAUUCACGGUCGAAAGAACCAGCUGGACACUUGGUAUAAUUAUUCACUCGCCUGAGCUAUGAUAUCAAACAAAUAAACACGAGAGGAAUUUUAUGAAGGAAUAUUCAUUAAUAUCUAAUUGAGAAUUUAAAUAAAAGGACCAAGAUAGACUGGUUCUUGAGACGAAGUGCCUACAUAUAUAUAAAAGUGUAAUAAUCUUUCUUACUUACGAUUUAGUAAAAAAAAAAGAAGAAGAAGAAGAAGAAGAAGAAGAAAGAAACUCGAGUAGAACGGUUACUCGUCGAAGAAGAAAGAAUAGUAUAAUCAUGCCUCUGCAAACGAUGGUCCUUAUUCUCAUGCUUCGUCGCGAAGGAUCUCAACUAGAGGAGUGUUCCACAGCGUAAGCUAAAAGGUGGCUAUGUAGGCUACCUGGUGAAUGCCGUCGCCAUGGUGGAGCUGGCGUGCAGCAACUCCCUAAGCCCAGGAACCUAAUCCUGCGUGUUUCGGAAAGGAACAAAUUUCGCCGAGUAGAAAAGGAAAGGAAACGAAGAAACGAUCCUAUCGAUUCUACGAUAUCGAAGCUAAUUUAGAAAAAACAGAAAGAUAGGACGCAAAUCUUGCAAGAAUCUCACUUGGUAAAGGAAAGAAAGCGAGGUUACGCGUGGCGCCAUGUAGAGGAGCAGGAAGAGGCGGCAGUCUUCCUCAGGCAUUCCAGCGUCGAGUAAUGCUGAAGCAUAUCCUGACGGGGCAACCGUCGUCAGCGGGCUCCAGGCACCAGCACAAUGACUACCAGGCGAACUCGGGCUCGUUGCACGGCGGCCAUCAUCACCACCAUCAUUCCAUCGGUCACCAGCAGGAUCAACAGCAGCAGCAGCAGCAGCAGCAGCAGCAGCAACAGCAGCAGCAGCACCAUCAUUACAACCAAAGCAGCAACGUUCGCGGUACGACUGGCGGUAGCCAAGGACGUGGAAUCGACGUUUACGAUUCGAUAGUCCAUCAGAGGCCGAACGUGCACCAGGCUGCCACCACGCCAUCCUCGACUCACAGACACCCGUUGAAUCAUUCUCAGUUGAGCGUGAACAAUCUCUCUCAGCGAUUGAAUCACUCGCACGCUCUUAAUUUGUCCACGUUGUCCACGUCGAAACAUUCGGUGAACAGCGUCAGUCCUGUUGUCGGUGGGAAUAACAAUAAUAACAACAACAACAACAAUAAUAAUAAUAAUAAUUUGUCGACGACGUUGGGACACACGGUGGUAUCCCAGGCGCCGUUGCACCAGGACAGUAGACCUAAAGCGAAUGGAGGCUUUGAUAUCUCGAGACUGUCCAGGUUACCAAGCCAGGCGACACCUUCGCCUGCACCUGUUCUACAGGGUACAACUACCGGCGGACAGUUGACUGGCCCCGGUUCCACAGCGUUCCCCCUGAACGCUUCCUGGUCCUCGUCCCUGUCGAGGAAUCACAAGGACCACGAAGCUGGCGCGAAAGAGACGUUGACCAGUUUGGGUUUGUUGUGUCUAGUGUCGUUGUUGCUCGCGCUACUCUCGUUGAUCUUCUUGCUGAAGAUCUCGCCGCUAACGGUGACGCCGAGUAGCCUGAUAAGCCCGGAGGAGUAUACGAUCGUCUACGAGGUGACAUUAGCGCUGUGCGCCCUCGCCCUCUCCCUGAAUCUCUGCUGUCUCCUCGUUUGCGCUAUACAGUUCCUCUUCACUGUGAAACUCGUCAAGACGUCGUAUCAAGGACACUGGAGUAACAAGUAUCUGCAAAAAUCAUCCAUCAGCCGGAUAUGUGCUGUCGGAGGGUUUUUCAUUAGCAUUCCCGUCUUUCUAACUGGUAUGAUACUGUACACAUUCAUCCAGUUUCAUUCGACACCGGCAAUCGUUACAUCGGUUUUCAUAGGUCUUGGCAUUGUGUUUUGUGGAUGCGCAAUGGUUCAUAACGUCUUCGUGUGGCAAAGGGAGAAGACGAAUGCCGUGAAGGCAUUAGCGCGCGAACAGUGCGAGGCGGCGGUGCAGCUGCAGCGUCAGCAGCAGCUGCAACAGUACCAAAACCAGCCCCAGUUGCAACAGCAUCAACAACUACGUAGCCCGUUGACCAUCCACCACGCCGGCUGCCCAACGAAAGUCGGCCCUGCGACGAAUCAGCUAAACGUCAGCCACGCAACGCACGGCCGUGCUACACAGUAUCAACACUAUCAUCACCAUCAUCAUCAUCGACACGUGUCAAUGUCACCACCGCCCUUGUUGCUCUCAUCGCCAGCUCCGAUUGCUGCGACGCACAAUCAUCUGAACGUGACCGGGCACAGAAACGUGGUCACUCCACCGGACACACCAGCGGAUAGAUCACCACCGAGUCCUGGAAACAAGUUGAACAGAUCGCAACCUUUGCCACGGGAGGCGACCGGCAGCGUCAGUCCCGGUCUUCCGGCUGCCACGUUGGAUUUAAGCAGCGCAGCCACCACCAACAGUCCGCACGAAUUGUCCACGUUGGUUUAACACUGAACCUGCCAGCGCCUGGUCAAUUAAACGUUUGAGUUAAAAUUCUGCGUUUCUCCGACUCUUAACAAAAACGAAAGAUGUAAUUUAUUCUUUUUAUUGUCCGACUUUUUACAUUAGUAUUCAAUGUCAGCUGGAAGGUACUUUGCGAAGUUAACUCGUUGCUUUGAAGAUCACAGCUUGACCAAGCAAAAGCGAAGAAGUUAGGUUCAAAAGUAGUAAAAAAAAAAUUUGCGAAAUUUUGUGGAGUUGCGAUCAAUUGAGACAAUAAGGGGAAUUAAAGUGAAAUGCCUUGAUCAAAAGUUUUACAUGGGACCAUAAAACGAAAUGAAAAUUGAUUUACUAACUUUUGUUUCACUUUGUGUACAUUGCGAACUCCGUUUUUAUUCGGUGAAACGGCGAAUUUUGUUGUUUCGCUUGUUGAAUGCAUUUGAUUACUCAUUCAUAUCUCAUGAACUUUUUAACUCGUCGACGUGUUAAGCCUUUCUUUGAAAAACGAGCUGUAUCAUUAUUAUAAUAUACAGAAAGCAUCGGAGGUGUGUUGAGAAAUGUGCGUCAAAGAAGCUCGUUUUUUAAUUAAAAGAGAGAGGAAUGAUUGUGUUUCCAAAGAACGAUUUUCAUAAUUUCGAUAUUGUGCGAACAGCAAAGUUUAUUAAUCAUACGAAAACAAUGUUUUGAACAACUUUUAACCGAUUGAUGUGGAAAAAUCAGAGAUUGUUCUUAGAAAAAGAAGGUGCAACAAUGUUAAAAUUGCUUGUUAAUGGUUAUUGACCAGAUAUGAAGCAAUUUCUAAAGGACGGCCCGAAAAUGUCAUAAAUAUUAAGAAAGGUACGACUAAUUUAUACUUGCGUGUAUCUUGCCAUUACUAUAUUAUUAUUAUUUUUUUAUUAUUAUUAUUAAUAUCGUUAGUAUUACUUAAUUACGUUAUUAUUAAUAUUAAUAUUAUUGGCUUAUUAAUGUUAAUGUUAUUGUUACUAUUAUUAUUAUUAUUAUUAAUGAAACCUCUAGUCCUAGAUUACUUUCACUGUCACGAAAUAAUAAGAUUUUCGUAUUUCGACUGUUGCGCGAUUACAAUAAUUCAGCGAUACAAGUUUUCCUGUUGCGUGUGCCCCGUGGAGAUAAAGAACUCAAAUCUUGAACUAUAGAGAAUUGAAAAGCAGUAAAAGAAAGAAACAUGAAGAACAUUGUAUUUGUGUUAAAUGAGAAUUAAGUUCAGUAAUAUAUAUAUAUAUAUUUUUUUUUUUCGUAUUCGCCUUGGCAACUAUUAACAUUGUUUAAAAUUGUGUUAUGUUCUCCAAAUGAUGGUACAUGACCAUAAUACUUAAUUUUGUAAAUUAACAA